UAUAAUAUAAUAUCACCUAUCAAUAUAUGCAUUUUUUGUCACCAUCACGACUCUCUCUUUAAGCUCUUGAUUGAAAUUGCUGAUGCUCUUCUUCUUCCCUACAAGAAGAGCCCAACUGCCAUUCUUUCUACUUCUUGUUCUCCCAUAAUAUAUCCUCCAACUCCAUAUAUAUAUAUAACUUCAUAUUUUCGGCUUCAAAGCAACUUCUUUUUCUCCUUUUUAAUUGCCCUUGUUCGAAACCUCACGAACCUCCUUCUCUGACACUGCCAUGGCUCCACGCUCAGCUCCAUCUUAUUCGGCUUCCAUCAAACCGCGAGAUGUUUGUAUAGUGGGUGUUGCUCGUACGCCUAUGGGCGGCUUAUUGGGCUCCCUUUCGUCUUUAUCAGCUAUCCAACUUGGCUCUAUUGCCAUAAAGGCCGCUCUGAAGAGGGCAAAUGUGGAUCCUUCACUAGUACAAGAGGUCUUCUUUGGCAAUGUUCUAUGUGCGAAUUUAGGGCAAGCUCCGGCAAGACAGGCUGCUCUUGGUGCAGGCAUACCUAAUUCUGUUAUUUGCACCACUAUUAACAAAGUUUGUUCAUCUGGGAUGAAAGCAACAAUGAUUGCAGCACAUAGCAUCCAGCUUGGUGCCAAUGAUAUAGUUGUGGUUGGUGGCAUGGAGAGUAUGUCAAACGCGCCUAAGUACCUACCAGCAGCAAGAAAAGGAUCUCGAUUAGGAGAUGACACUAUUGUUGAUGGAAUGGUUAAAGAUGGCUUGUGGGAUGUCUAUAAUGACUUUGGAAUGGGAGUUUGUGCAGAAAUAUGUGCUGAUCAACAUGCCAUAUCAAGGAAAGAGCAGGAUUCUUACGCUAUUCGAAGCUUUGAGCGUGGAAUUUCUGCACAAAAUGGUGGUCUCUUUGAAUGGGAAAUAGUUCCGGUUGAAAUUCCUGGUGGACGAGGAAGAUCAUCGACAAUUGUUAGCAAGGAUGAGGGUUUAGUAAAGUUUGAUGCUGCAAAACUAAGGAGUCUCAAACCAAGUUUCAAGGAGAAUGGAUCUGUUACUGCUGGCAAUGCUUCGCUUAUAAGUGAUGGUGCUGCUGCGUUAGUUUUGGUGAGCGGGGAGAAAGCACUUCAGCUGGGGUUACAAAUAAUUGCCAAGAUCAAGGGCUUUGCUGAUGCAGCUCAGGCACCCGAGUUAUUUACAACUGCCCCAGCCCUUGCUAUACCAAAAGCUAUUGCAAAUGCUGGUUUGGAGGCUUCUCAAGUUGAUUAUUAUGAAAUAAAUGAAGCCUUCUCUGUUGUGGCUCUUGCCAACCAAAAGCUGCUUGGUCUUGAUCCUGAGAAAGUUAAUGUGCAUGGUGGAGCUGUAUCUUUGGGACACCCAUUAGGGUGCAGUGGAGCUCGUAUCUUGGUCACAUUGUUAGGGGUACUGAGACAUAAAAAUGGAAAGUAUGGUGUUGCAGGUAUAUGCAAUGGGGGAGGGGGAGCGUCUUCACUUGUUCUUGAGCUCGUGUCAGUUGCAAAGGUUGGACAUUCUAAGUUAUGAUAUUGAAUUUGCAAUUCCACAUCGCUAUACUGCUUGUACCAUUUUUCCAUGCAUUGCUUUGGCUUUUCUCCCUGAGAAAAACCAAAUCUUGUAUCAGAUAUGUUUAAGAGAAUAAAUGGAUCUGUAUUUGUUCAACUUAUCAAGUCUUAUCUGUUUCUUUCUUA